AUGAAGUACGAGUCUUUGGCAGACCCGAUUCAUGUUUCGACCCCGGUGGGUGAGUCCUUAGUAGUGGAUCAGAUAUUACGAUCUUGCUUAGUGACUAUCCAGGGUUAUGAUACUAGAGUUGAUCUUAUUCUGCUAGAUAUGGUUGAUUCCGAUGUGAUUCUGGGCAUGGACUGGUUAUCUCCCUACCAUGCGGUCUUGGAUUGCUACGCCAAGACUGUCACUUUAUCCAUACCUGGCAUUCCCCCAGUGUUGUGGCAGGGUGCUUAUAGCCACACACUGACGGGAAUCAUCUAUUUUAUUCGAGCUAGGCGGUUGGUUGCUUCUGGGUGUUUAGCUUAUUUGGCCUAUGUGCGAGAUGUGAGUAGGGAGGGCCCUUCAAUUGACUUAGUUCCUGUGGUUAGAGAGUUUGCAGAUGUGUUCCCUACAGACCUACUUGGCUUACCCCCAAAUCGGGACAUUGAUUUUGUCAUAGAUUUGGAGCCCGACACUCGUCCUAUUUCUAUUUCGCCUUACCGGAUGGCUCCUGCAAAGCUCAGGGAGCUCAGGCAUGUUGUAUCCAAGAAGGGCAUUAUGGUAGAUCCGGCGAAGAUUGAGGCUAUUUGUGAUUGGGCUAGGCACACCUCAGUUACUGAGAUUCGGAGCUUCGUCGGACUAGCAAGGUACUACAGAUGCUUUGUUGAGGGCUUUUCCACUAUUACAACCCCAUUGACUCGAUUGACUCGUGUUGAUGUUCCCUUUGUUUGUGCCGAGAGGUUAGCUCGUAUUUACAUUAGGGAGGUGGUCCAUCUUCAUGGCGUGCCUGCUUCUAUCAUUUCAGACCGGGGUUCACAGUUCACUUCCAGCUUUUGGAUGACUUUUCAGGAGGAGUUGGGCACCCGUGUCCACCUUAGCACAACAUUUUACCCACAGACGAAUUGUCAGUCAGAGCGUAUUAUUCAGAUCCUUGAAAAUAUGUUGCGGGCCUGUGAGGCCUUGGAUCAGGUGCGGGUGAUUCAUGAUAGGCUCAGGACGGCUCAAAGUAGACAUCAGAGUUACGCGGAUCAUAGGCGUCGGCCAUUGAGGUUUGCAGUUGGUGACCGGGUAUUUCUUCGAGUAUCGCCCAUGAAGGGCGCGAUGAGAUUUGAGAGGCGGGGCAAGCUUAGCCCCAGGUAUAUAGGUCCAUUUGAGAUUUUGAGAGCAGUUGGCGAGGUUGCCUAUGAGUUAGCUUUACCUCCAGCACUAUCGGCUAUCCACCCAGUGUUUCAUGUUUCGAUGAUGCGCCGGUAUGUUCCAGAUGAGUCUCAUGUUUCGAUUGCCAUUCUAGUCAGAGAUGUCAGACAAUUGCGGUUGAGAGCCUUCCCUGUUGUUAAGGUACGUUGGAGACACCAUCCAGUCGAGGAGGCUACCUGGGAGACCGAGCAGGAGAUGCGAGAGCAGUUCCCUAGCUUAUUCGAGACUUUAGUUUUCUUUUUCCCCAAGCUGAUCUACCUUGUGAAGGAUGCUCUCAUGGAGCUUGUAUCAAUGGUGGAUGUCUAA